UUAAGUUUGAGAUUUUGUGCCAAUAAUGAGCCGGAACGAGACAACCACGCACAUUACGCACGUCUUCAGUGGGACAUUUGCGCACUCCACAACAAGUGCGGCUGUAGAAAUACUACAGAACUGUGUCUUAGGAGUCGACAAUGAGGGGAAGAUUGCCUUUAUUGAAAAAGAGCCAGAUGUGGUCAGCCUCUCAAACAUAUGGGGGUUUGAAACUGCAGAAAUAAAACAACUUGAACAACAUGAGUUCCUUAUGCCAGGAAUGGUUGAUACACACAUCCAUGCAUCUCAGUAUAGCUACACUGGCACUGCCUUAGAUCUGCCUUUACUAGAGUGGCUCAGCACUUACACUUUCCCUGUGGAAGCCAAAUAUAAAGACCUGGACUUUGCCAACAAUGUCUACACUAAAGUUGUGAGAAGAACUUUAAAGAAUGGCACCACUACUGCUUGUUACUUUGCCACAAUACACACUGAUGCUUCCAUUUUGCUUGGAGAGCUUGCAGAUAAGUUCGGACAGAGAGCUUUAGUGGGCAAAGUUUGCAUGGACGACAAUCCUGCAGUUCCGCAAUAUAAAGAAAGCUCAAAUGAAUGUAUAGAGGAGACAGAUCGUUUUGUCAUAGAGCUUCUCAAAAAGGAGUACACGAAUGUUAAGCCUGUGGUCACUCCUCGAUUUGCUCCCUCCUGUUCUGCUUCAUUGCUCAGUGCAUUGGGUGCAAUCGCCAAUAACAAGCUUCAUAUUCAGAGUCACAUAAGUGAGAACAAAAAGGAGGUGGAGCUUGUGAAGAAAUUGUUCCCAGAUUGCAAAUCCUACACUGAUGUUUACCUCAAGCAUAACCUGCUCACAGAGAAGACUGUAAUGGCCCAUGGCUGUCACCUAACUGAUGAAGAACUGAAGAUCUUCCACGAAAGAGGAUCUGCUAUCUCUCACUGUCCUAACAGUAACAUUUGUGAGAUUUGUAGUGGUUUACUGAAUGUGCGCAAUGUUUUGAACCACAAAGUGAAAUUGGGUUUGGGGACAGAUGUUGCAGGAGGAUACUCUCCAUCCAUACUGGAUGCAAUGCGAAGAACUCUGGACACAUCUAAAGCCCUGACCAUCCAGGACCCUCAGCAUCAGACUCUAACCUUUGAAGAGGUUUUUAGACUGGCUACACUUGGUGGUAGUGAGGCCCUUUCAUUGGAUGAUCAGAUAGGAAACUUUGUGGUCGGGAAGGACUUUGAUGCCCUGAGAGUGAAUGUUUGCGUUCCUGGUGGGCCGAUCGAUUUGUUUCCUGGAGAUGGCCCCAAGCUCAUUUUGGAGAAGUUUUUGAAUUUGGGUGAUGAUCGAAAUAUUACUGAAGUCUAUGUUGCUGGAAGACAAGCGGUUCCAUUUUCGGAUACAUAGUUUCGGAUACAUAGUUUCGGAUACAUCGAGUCUUUCUUGAAUCAAGUCUGGACAUUAUUGUCACCACAAAUAUAAUAUAUUAAGGCUGGUGUUAAUAUUGAUGUUUAGGUUCCUACUCACGAAAAGCUGUAAUUAGCAAAUGAGGAUGGAGACAUUAAUGAUACUUAUACAUUUUUAUUAUUUAGUUAGUGUCUUGAUAAAUAUUUGCUUUAGAAAGCAUCUUGCUUUAAAUGUGAAAGAUGAUAAAAUUUGUUGAAUGCUCAAAUAGUUGUUGUUUUCUCAAUUAUUGUCUUCUGUUUACUAGUUAAUUUGAUCAUGGACAACAUUUGUUAAAUUGUACAAAUAUAGCACUUAUAAUAUUUUAUAUUAAGCUAAUA